CUCCACCCAGCUUGUUGGACUUUCGACUUGAAGCAGUAGGAAACAGAGAAUGCAGUUCUGAGAGCAGCUGCCCAACCCAAGAUGGCCAAGUUUCUUUCCCAGGACCAAAUUAAUGGGUACAAGGAAUGCUUCUCCCUCUACGACAAGCAGCAGAGGGGCAAGAUAAAAGCCACCGACCUCCUAGUGGCCAUGAGGUGCCUGGGGGCCAGCCCGACCCCAGGGGAGGCGGAGCAGCAUCUGCAGACUCACAGGAUAGAUAAAAAUGGCGAGCUAGACUUCUCCACAUUCCUGACCAUUAUGCACACACAAAUCAAACAAGAGGACCCAAAGAAAGAAAUUCUUCUGGCCAUGUUGAUGGCAGAUAAGGAGAAGAAGGGUUACAUCAUGGCCUCCGAGCUGCAGUCAAAACUCAUGAAACUGGGGGAGAAGCUCACUCAGAAAGAAGUAGAUGAACUUUUCAAAGAAGGAGACGUUGAGCCAAGUGGCAAAGUGAAGUAUGACGAAUUCAUCCGGAAGAUCACCCUGCCUGUGCAAGACUACUGAGCAGGUGGCACGGGCAGCUCCAGGUCUGAAAACCUAGACUCAUUAACUUUUUAUUUUUUUUUUUUUUUUGGCAGAACCAGGGAU